UCCUCAAAUCAAAGGCUCUCGUCUCUUCUCCUUUCCCCUCUUCUAUCUCUCGCGCCUCGCCGAUAAUCUUAGACAGAGAAAGCAAGCAAACAUACACACAUAUACAUAGAGAGAGAGAAGAGAGAACAGAGGAGAGAGGAAACUGAAGCCACUGAGUCUCUUGAAUACAGUCAACAAUGGCGCUAUAUCUUCUCUACGAGUCAGCUUCUGGGUAUGCUCUGUUUUUGGCCCAUGGUAUUGAUGAAAUCGGUCAGAACACAGAGGCAGUUCGGAACUCCGUGACUGACCUCAAUCGAUUCGGCAAAGUCGUGAAGCUCGUAGCUUUUACCCCAUUCGAGUCCGCUCUCGACGCUCUCAAUCAAUGCAACGCCAUCUCCGAAGGCCAUAUGACUGAUGAGUUGAGGAAUUUUUUGGAGCUAACUCUCCCAAAAGUUAAGGACGGAAAGAAGCCUAAAUUCAGUUUAGGCGUUGCUGAGCCUAAGAUUGGAUCACAUGUCUUUGAAGUGACCAAGAUUCCCUGCCAAAGUAAUGAGUUUGUUCUUGAGCUUAUUCGCGGUGUGAGGUUGCAUUUUGAUAGGUUCAUUGAGAACCUGAAGCCUGGUGAUUUGGACAAAGCCCAACUUGGUCUGGGGCACAGUUACAGCAGGGCAAAGGUCAAAUUCAAUGUUAACCGCGUUGACAAUAUGGUUAUUCAGGCUAUCUUCCUUCUUGAUACUCUUGAUAAAGAUAUCAAUUCCUUUUCCAUGAGAGUCAGAGAAUGGUACUCUUGGCAUUUUCCUGAACUAGUAAAGAUUGUCAAUGACAACUAUCUUUAUGCCAAAGUUUCAAAAUUUGUUGAGAACAAAUCGGAAUUGUUUGAAGAUAAACUACCAGGCUUGAUUGAUAUAGUUGGAGAUGAAGAUAAAGCAAAGGAAAUCGUAGAAGCUGCUAAAGCAUCCAUGGGGCAGGACUUGUCUCCAAUUGACUUGAUUAAUGUCAAGCAAUUUGCGCAGAGGGUAAUGGACCUUUCUGAGUACAGAAAAAAGCUCUAUGAAUAUCUGGUCACUAAAAUGAACGACAUUGCUCCCAAUUUGGCUGCUCUGAUUGGUGAAGUUGUUGGAGCUCGUUUGAUUUCUCAUGCUGGUAGCCUCACAAAUCUGGCAAAGUGCCCUUCUUCUACACUUCAGAUCCUUGGUGCAGAGAAGGCACUCUUCAGGGCAUUGAAAACCCGAGGAAACACCCCGAAGUAUGGCCUUAUAUUCCAUUCUUCUUUUAUUGGCCGGGCAUCUGCUCGAAACAAAGGCCGAAUGGCUCGUUAUCUUGCAAACAAGUGCUCUAUCGCAUCUCGCAUUGACUGUUUCUUAGAUAAGAAUACCACUGCUUUUGGGGAGAAACUUCGUGAACAGGUUGAGGAACGACUUGACUUUUAUGACAAGGGGGUUGCACCUCGUAAAAACAUUGAUGUGAUGAAGACUGCACUUGAAAUAUCUCUAAACAAAGAUACAGACAUGGAUGUGGAUGAAUCUGCAUUAAAGAAAAGCAAGAAAAAGAAGUCAAAAGUAGAGGCUGCAGAAGAUGAUGAUCCUAUGGCUGAGGAUAAAACAAUUGUUGAUACAAAUGGGGAUGUUUCUGAGGAGCUCAAAAGUGAAAAAAAGAAGAAGAAGAAGGAUAAACGAAAAUCAGAACAGGAACUGGAUGAAGCUGCAGAAAAUGGGAACGUUGUGAAUGGGUUCGAUGCAGAUGAGAGAACUGCUAAGAAGAAGAAAAAGAAGAAGAGUAAGGAUGAAGAAGAUGGUGAUCUUCCAGCUGCUAGUGAAGGUAAGAAGAAAAAGAAGAAGUCAAGAAGCGUAGACGAUGAGUGAAUUUUGAGUGGAUUUUGUAACAUGUGAUCGGGUGGUCAAAGUUCAGGUAGAUAAUGAUCUGGCUUGCUUUGCUGUCUUAUGUAUUGCUUUCUUUAGUUUUUCCAAUAGUAAAGGUCAUAACUCUAUGGUAAGACAAUGUGGAAAUGUUUGGUCUUAUUUUGAUUUGAUUAUCGGUAUCUCAUGGUGUUUAAUGUGGG